UAACAACAAAUCGCAAAGUGUACGGAGGUUAGUGUGAGCUUUAAAAUUCUAAAAGACAGUUUACAUAACAGAAAAAAUGAUUAUGUGCGUACAAGUUUGGUAGCACAUAUAUAUAUUGUACCAAAGUUUAGCUGUCAUUAGUUGAAACAAAGUGAGCAGCUGAAGAUGGCGUCUUCAAGCUCACCACUGAACCGUUCUCGGAAUGGACCACUGACAAGAGACAGUUUGGGACGAAGUAGUCCAACCACAAAUGGCAUUCAUUUGCCACCGAUCACAUCAGGGUCCACUUCUGCUAACUCAUCAAAUGUUUUCGUCCCAAGUAAAUUAAUGACCUACAGGCGAGCCAACGAGAUGCAAAUGCUACUCACGGGUAUAAUGAAUGAAAAAGCUUCAAAAAGUUAUGAAGAUACUGUUGAUUAUAACCAGAGGCAACCAAAGAAGCCUCCUGCCCCGGAGUACCCAAAAGCUAUGAUGAGCAAAGACAGACGAAUCAGAAUGAAUUACAUGUUCAUGAAACAAUGUGUGGAAAGUGGACCAGUGGUGGAAAUGGAACAACAUUGGUUUGAAUCAAUAAUGACUAUGGUGCCAGACAAAUUGAAACAUUCUGCAGCUGUGAAAGAUUACAUAGAGGAACUGUUUGACGAGAUACGAGAGGAUUAUGAAAUUAGCAUGAGGAAAUCCAUGGUUCAACAUGUCUUAUUGAAACCUGAGGUGAGAGGUUUAGAAGAUGAUACUUUUGGAUCACUACCAGAAGAACCAAGUGGUUUGGAUUAUUCAAGUCCAUGGAGAGAAAGCUUCAUCGAAAACAAAGCAGAAAUUGAAAACUCCUUACAUGUAACACAUUCCUCCAUGCAAACUGUCUUGAAGAUGUGUCAAUCGAGUCUUGGCAUCCUGCCACUUGUCGAUUUAUCAGGAGUACGAGCCCAAGGGCCAAUAGAAAUUGAACAUUUGAAGAAUAAUGUUGUAUUAGAUCUAGAGAAAACAGAAGAAAAACUUAUGCAUAGUUGGUGGCCUGAAGUACUGAAUAUAUUUAUGGACAGGAAGAAACUUCCUGAACUCCGAGGAGAGAAGCUGGAAUCGUUUUACAACUGUGUACAGACAUUAAUAUCUAAUCAGAUUAAAGACAUGAUUGUACGUACUGUUGAAGCAUGGGUAGAGCUCUUUGAUCUUGAACAUAGACAGAACCUGCCUAUAUUCAAGAUGGAAUUGACAUUUGACAACGAUAAAAUGGAGUUCUAUCCAUACUAUUCAGACUUAGAAGAAUGUCUGUUGUUCGUUGUAACUCAGAUUACAAAAACCAUGCAGGUAGUCCCAACAAUACAGUCUUGGCUCUCGGGUACCAAUGAGUUGUCUUCCAUAGAUGCUAGUACCGCGACUCAUGUACUUACGUGGGCCAACACUAAACUCAUUGAGGCCUGCAAGAUCAACUUUGAAGGACCUCAAGCUCAUUUACAGUCAUACAUGGAUAAAUAUGAGUUCUUGUGCAAUGGAGAAACUAUGGAUAGAGUGAACAAGUUUUUGGAAGAAGAGCAUACUUUUGGGGACUAUUGCGAGUUUGUGGAAGAAUUCCGUGACCGUGCCAAAGAAAUCCUUGGGCUUGACUCUAUUGCUCAUUUUGAUAUGGUGAGACUGGACUGCGAGGACCUGAAAAGGGGCUUGGCUGAGAAGUCACGUAGUUAUGCCAACAUAUUAUUACAGAGGCUCUCUUCAGACCACAUGGAUGAAAACAAAGCUAUCUGCCAGGAAUUUGAAACCAUCAAAGCUCGCGCCUUGAAACAUCCAGAAAACUCUGAGGAACUCGUGGACAUGGUUUCUUACAUUGAGAAAGCCAGAGUCGAUGGCAUUAGGGGACUGAAUGAAAGAAUCCAAGAACAACAGAAAAUAUUGAGUUUUUUGCUGGAUUAUUACUUUUUCCCACAAGAACACAUUGACCUGAAUUGUGUUGUCCUCACGUGGCCUAAGAAUAUUCGACCUGUGUUUGAUGAAAAUGAUGAGUUAGUAGAAGAUGCUAAGAAGAAGGGUGAAAGAGAAUUGCUGGAGAAGAGGGAGAAAGUGAUGUUGGAAUUGGAUAAAUUGAAGAGACGUGUGGAGGAGUUUGCAGAGUAUGGCGAGAUGGACAUGAUGGUGCAAUACGUCAACGAUGUGCGGGCUGUACAGAAGCGUCUAACUGAAUGCCAAGAAAGCAUUGGUUUUAUUCACAAGGAAGAAGCUCUCUACAAGUGGGAUCCAACAAUAUAUCCAGAAGUUGAAGAAAUUACGCAUGGUAUUGAACCAUAUCAGAAACUAUUUACACUGGUUGUCAAAUGGCAAAGAGCAGAGAAAAAGUCUAUGGAUGGUGCGUUCCUUGAAUUAAAUUCAGAAGCUAUUGAAACUGAAGUUGAUGAGUUCUGGCGAGAGAUCUACAAAAUCACCAAGUCAUUUGUUAGCCAGAAAAAGAAAGAAGAAGCCGAAAAGGCCAAAAAUGCACCUGUCAAACGCAGACGUCCAGGGGAAGAAGAUGAGAAAAAAGAUGAUGAACCCGGAAUGGCUGCCAUCAAAGUUUGUGAGACAGUUCAAGAGCAAAUUAAAGAAUUCAAGGACUACAUACCAGUCAUUUCAACGCUCUGCAACCCUGGUCUGAGACAAAGACAUUGGGAUAAAAUAUCAGACAUUGCAGGUUUCGAUAUGACCCCUGAUUCUGGUAGCACUUUGAGGAAGGUACUCAAGAACAAUUUGGAUCCCUUCAUGGAAGAAUUUGAAAAUAUAAGUGCUGGGGCCAGCAAGGAAUAUUCACUGGAGAAAGCAUCUCAGAAAAUGGUGGAUGAAUGGGAGGAUAUUGAGUUCAACCUGACUGCGUAUCGUGAUACAGGUGUGAAGAUUCUGGCUUCGGUUGAUGAUAUCCAAACAACGCUAGAUGAUCAAAUUGUCAAGACACAGACAAUGAGAGGAUCUCCGUUUAUAAAACCAUUUGAGAAAGAGAUCAAGGAAUGGGAAGAGAAGUUAAUUCAUGUUCAAGAGACCAUAGAUGAGUGGCUGAAAGUCCAAGCUCAAUGGCUUUAUCUGGAGCCUAUAUUCAGUUCUGAAGACAUCAUGCAACAGAUGCCAGAGGAAGGACGAUUAUUUCAGACUGUUGACAGAAAUUGGAAAGAUGUCAUGAAGCACACUGGUAAAGAUCCCAAGGUGAUGGCUGCCACAUCAUUGAGUGGUCUUUUGGAAAAAUUGAUUGACAGUAAUGGGUUACUGGAUAGAAUUAUGAAAGGACUGAAUGCCUACUUGGAGAAGAAACGUUUGUUCUUCCCAAGGUUCUUUUUCUUGUCCAAUGAUGAAAUGUUGGAGAUCUUGUCAGAGACUAAAGACCCACUUCGUGUACAGCCACACUUGAAAAAGUGUUUUGAAGGUAUUGCUAAACUAGAUUUCACACCAACCUUUGAUAUUCUUGGGAUGUACAGCAGUGAGGGAGAGCGAGUCAAGUUCAGUCAGACCAUUUCUACAUCUGAGGCACGUGGGGCUGUUGAAAAGUGGCUUUUGCAGGUGGAAGAAGUUAUGUUAAUGAGUGUGAGGGACGUUGUAGAAGCAGCUUACGAAGCCUAUGCUAUUGAAGCCCGAGAAGAUUGGGUGCAGGAAUGGCCUGGCCAGGUGGUGUUGUGUGUUUCCCAGAUGUAUUGGACCUUGGAAGUUCAUGAAGCAAUACGUGACAACCAAGGGGGACUAAAAGAGUAUUGGAAUAAGCUGCAAGAACAGCUCGGUGAUGUUGUAAAACUUGUUCGUGGUAAACUCUCAAGACAAACACGUACAACUUUAGGAGCAUUGGUCACAAUUGAUGUGCAUGCCAGAGAUGUUGUUCUCGAAAUGGUUGAGAAAGGUGUAAGUUCAGAGAAUGACUUCAACUGGUUGGCUCAGCUUCGCUACUAUUGGGAGAAUAAGCAAGCUAUGGUGAGAAUAACCAAUGCCACUGUUAGAUAUGCAUAUGAAUACCUUGGAAAUUCUGGAAGACUUGUAAUUACACCUCUUACUGAUCGUUGUUACCGCACACUAGUUGGUGCUUUAUAUCUCAAUCUUGGAGGUGCGCCAGAAGGUCCAGCCGGAACUGGCAAGACUGAGACCACCAAGGAUUUAGCCAAAGCUCUGGCUGUGCAGUGUGUGGUGUUUAACUGCUCUGAUGGCUUGGACUACCUGGCUAUGGGGAAAUUCUUCAAGGGAUUGGCCUCAGCUGGAGCCUGGGCUUGUUUUGAUGAAUUCAAUAGAAUUGAGUUGGAAGUAUUGUCAGUGGUUGCACAGCAGAUUUUGUGCAUCCAGAGAGCUGUUGGGGAGGGAAAUGAUACUUUUGUGUUUGAAGGAACCGAGUUGAAUUUGAAACCAGGAUGCUUUGUUGCUAUCACUAUGAAUCCCGGCUAUGCUGGACGUUCAGAACUGCCUGACAAUUUAAAAGUGUUGUUCCGAACUGUCGCUAUGAUGGUGCCUGACUACGCCAUGAUUGGUGAAAUAUCUCUGUAUUCUUAUGGUUUUAUUGAUGCUCGUAAUCUAGCAGUAAAGAUUGUAAUGACAUAUCGUCUAUGUUCAGAACAGUUGUCAUCUCAGUUUCAUUAUGAUUAUGGUAUGAGAGCUGUGAAAGCUGUACUCGUUGCAGCUGGUAAUCUCAAACUAAAAUUCCCAGAUGAAAAUGAAGAUAUCCUUUUACUUCGGUCCAUCAUUGACGUAAAUCGUCCCAAGUUCUUAUCGCAUGAUAUCCCAUUAUUUGAGGGUAUCGUGUCAGACUUGUUCCCGGGUGUGACCUUACCCGAAGCUGACUAUGUUGUAUUUUUGGAUGCUGUGGAAGAAGUAUGUAAGAAGCGAAAUCUGCAAACAGUCAGUAUGUUCACCGAGAAGUUGAUUCAAACGUAUGAAAUGAUGAUUGUCAGGCAUGGAUUUAUGUUGGUUGGUGAACCAUUUUCUGGCAAAACUAUGGUACUUCAUGUGCUAGCAGAUGUCCUAACACUACUUAACGAAAAAGGAUUAAACGAUGAAGAGAAAGUUAUAUUUCGUACUGUAAACCCCAAAGCCGUAACAAUGGGACAGUUAUUUGGUCAGUUUGAUCCAGUUUCCCACGAAUGGACUGAUGGUAUUGUAGCCAAUACAUUUCGUGAGUUUGCUUCAGCUGAAAACCCAGACCGUAAAUGGGUAGUGUUUGAUGGUCCCAUUGAUACACUAUGGAUUGAAAGUAUGAAUACAGUAUUAGAUGACAAUAAGAAACUAUGUCUGAUGAGUGGUGAGAUUAUCCAGAUGUCCAACUCAAUGAGUUUGAUUUUUGAAGCAAUGGAUUUGGCACAAGCUUCACCUGCUACUGUCAGUCGAUGUGGUAUGAUUUACUUGGAACCUUCGCAGUUGGGAUGGCAGCCCCUGUUAGAUUCUUGGUUGAUAGAAUUACCAGAAUAUUUACAAAAGGACGGAGCGUUGCUGCGUGCACUAUUCUCCUGGUUGGCCGAGCCACUGAUGGAUUAUACAAGAAGAAAUUGUAAGGAGUAUGUUCCAUCUAGUAGCAGUAAUUUGAUUAAGUCAUUGAUGUAUAUGUUCACCAUGCUGAUGGACGAAUAUGAUGCAUCCAGUAAUAGUGGCAACCAUCUCAAAAUAUGGACUGUGUCUGCAUUCCUUUUCUCAACUGUAUGGUCCAUUGGAGCCAGUGUGGACAGCGAUGGACAAGUGAAAUUUGAUGCCCAGUUACGUGAAAUGUUGACCGGCAAGUCAGAGAACUUCCCACCAAUUCCUAACGAGGUUGGUAAAAUUGAUGUGCCCAUUCCUCCAGAAGGCUUAGUCUAUGAAUAUAUGUACGAGUUUAAGGCUCGUGGUCGAUGGGUACAUUGGAAUGAAACAAUUCGUAAUAAGGAAAUUGGUGGACCAGGCAUGAAACCACAAGAUAUUAUUGUGCCUACUAUGGAUACUGCUCGAUAUACUUAUCUAAUGGAUUUGAUGAUUAAACAUAAAAGAGCUGUCUUAUUUGUCGGUCCCACUGGAACUGGAAAAAGUGCAUAUGUUAAAGACAAACUAAUGAAUAAUCUUCCCAAAGAAUCCUACCUACCUUUGUUUGUUAACUUUUCUGCACAGACGAGUGCCAACCAAACACAGGAUAUCAUCAUGUCUAAAUUGGACAAGAGACGUAAAGGAGUGUUCGGUCCCCCCAUGGGUAAGCAGUGCGUUAUCUUUGUUGACGACAUGAACAUGCCAGCAAGGGAGCAAUACGGAGCACAGCCACCCAUUGAACUGCUCAGACAAUAUUUUGAUCAUGGAAAUUGGUAUGAUAAGAAGGAUACCUCCAAGAUCACACUGACUGAUAUACAGUUUUUAGCUGCCAUGGGACCUCCAGGGGGCGGUAGAAACCCUGUUACGCAGCGAUUUCUGAGACAUUUCAAUAUUAUAUCACAGACAACAUUUAAUGACGAAAGUAUGCAAAGAAUUUUCAACACUAUCGUCAGUUACUAUCUACGAACCAAUGAAUUUCCCACAGACUUCUUCACUGCUGGUACCUUGAUAGUUCAGGCCACUAUGCAAGUAUACAAGAGUGCUAUGGACAAUUUGCUGCCAACUCCAGCUAAAUCUCACUAUGUGUUCAACUUGAGAGAUUUCUCCCGUAUCAUCAAUGGUGUCCUAAUGGUGAAGAAGAAUGCGGUUGAAAAUAAAAGGACAUUUACCAGACUAUGGGUGCAUGAAGUGUUCAGGGUUUUCUAUGACCGUCUCAUUGAUGACGCAGACAGACAAUGGUUAUUUGAUAUGACCAAAACGCUAGUUAAAGACAUUUUUAAAGACAACUUUGAUUCCUUGUUUGAUCAUUUGACUCCUGAUGGUGGUAAAGUGAAUGAGGAUGAUAUGAGAAGCUUGAUGUUUGGGGAUUACAUGAAUCCGGAGGCUGAACCAGAUGAAAGAUUAUAUGAAGAGGUGAAAUCUAUUGACGAGUUCUAUAAGGUUGUGGAGACUCAGCUAGAGGAGUAUAACCAGACUCAUAAAACCCAGAUGAAUUUGGUAAUAUUCAGGUAUGUUCUGGAACACUUAUCACGUAUAAGUCGUGUAAUUAAGCAACCAGGUGGCAAUGCCUUGUUAGUGGGUGUUGGUGGCAGUGGACGUCAGUCACUGACAAGAUUGGCUACUGCUAUGGCUGAGUACAAUAUCUUUCAACCUGAGAUUUCCAAAACCUAUGGAAAGUUUGAGUGGAGAGAAGACAUCAAAAAUGUGCUGAAACAGGCUGGUGCACUUGGAAAGCCAACUGUCUUCCUACUCUCUGAUACUCAAAUCAAAGAAGAAUCUUUCUUGGAAGACAUCGACAACUUGCUGAACACUGGAGAGGUUCCUAACCUGUAUGCUGUUGAUGAGAAGCAGGAGAUCAUGGAAGCUGUCCGUCCAAUAGCUCAAGCUGGUGAUAAAAAUGCCGAUUUCAGUCCAUUGGCGCUGUUUGCUUUCUUUGUGAACCGAUGUAAAGAAUUGUUGCAUAUAGUGAUUGCAUUUUCACCAAUUGGCGAUGCUUUCCGUAACAGACUGCGACAGUAUCCGUCACUGAUUAACUGUUGUACAAUUGAUUGGUUCCAGGCCUGGCCAGAGGAUGCUCUCACCAGAGUGGCUAAUAAGUUCUUGGAAACUGUUGAAAUGGAAGAUAAUGAAAGACAUGAAGUUGUGCAGAUUUGUAAACAUUUCCACACCAGUGCUAGAGAUCUCUCUGAAAAGUUUUUCAAUGAACUAGGAAGACACAACUAUGUGACUCCAACCAGCUAUCUGGAACUGAUUGCUUCAUUCAAGACAUUGUUAGGUAGAAAACGAGACGAAACCAUGAGAGCUAAGCGCCGAUAUGAAGUUGGUUUAGAGAAACUUGCUUUUGCAGAAUCUCAGGUGGCCACCAUGCAGAAAGAGCUGGUGGAACUCCAACCGCAGCUCGUGGAGGCAUCUGCUGAGAAUGAAAAGAUGAUGAAGAUUAUUGAUAAAGAAACUAUAGAGGUUGAAGCCACCUCUCAACAAGUGGCCAGUGAUGAAGCUGUGGCCAAUGAACAAGCUGCUGAAGCCCAGGCCUUGAAGGAUGAAUGUGAGAGCGAGUUAGCUGAAGCCAUUCCUGCUUUGGAAGCUGCACUUGCUGCUCUAGAUACACUGAAGCCUGCUGAUAUUACUAUCGUGAAAUCUAUGAAGAAUCCACCUAAUGGUGUGAAGAUUGUGAUGGCAGCUAUAUGUGUGCUUUUGGAUAUCAAGCCGGAUAAGAUCAAUGAUCCUGCUGGUACUGGUGGUAAAAUAUUGGACUACUGGGGGCCGUCAAAGAAGUUGCUUGGUGAUAUGAACUUCCUAAGUAACUUGAGAGUGUAUGACAAAGACAACAUCUCUGUCCAUAUUAUGAAAAAGAUUCGUACUGAGUACAUCACGAAUCCUGAUUUUGACCCGGCUAAAGCCGCCAAAGCCUCAUCGGCUGCUGAAGGCCUGUGCAAAUGGGCAUUGGCAAUGGAAGUGUAUGAUAGGGUGGCUAAGGUUGUAGCUCCCAAAAAGGCAAGGUUGAAAGAUGCUGAAGAACAGCUAGCCAAGACCAUGGCUAUAUUGAACCAGAAGCGAGCAGAGUUAAAAGAAGUGCAGGACAGGCUAGCAUCAUUGAAGAAGAGUUUUGCUGAAAUGACUGAAAAGAAGGAGAAACUUGAAUUCCAAGUGGACUUGUGCGGUAAGAAAUUAGUGCGUGCAGAGAAGCUAAUUGGUGGACUUGGUGGUGAGAAAAGCAGAUGGAUCCAAGCCGCAGCUGAUUUGCAGCAUACCUAUGACAAUCUGAUGGGUGAUGUGUUGAUAUCUUCCGGUGUUAUUGCGUAUCUUGGAGCAUUCACAUCCGGUUACAGAUCUAUAUGCACUUCAGAAUGGAGUGGCACUUGUAAGGCUAAAGACAUCCCAUCAUCCGCUGAAUUUUCAUUGAGCAAAGUCCUGGGUGACCCAGUCAAAAUUCGGGCAUGGAAUAUCGCUGGUUUACCCACUGACAAUUUCUCCAUUGAUAAUGGCGUUAUAGUUGCUAACUCCAGAAGAUGGCCCCUAAUGAUUGACCCUCAAGGUCAGGCCAACAAGUGGACAAAGAAUUCCGAAAAAGACAAUUCCUUGUCUGUUAUCAAGUUAACUGAUUCUGAUUAUAUGAGAACUUUGGAGAAUUGUAUUCAGUUUGGCAACCCACUACUGUUGGAAAACGUUGGUGAAGAGUUGGAUCCAUCUCUAGAACCAUUAUUAUUGAAACAGACAUUUAAACAAGGUGGUAUGGAAUGUAUUCGUCUUGGUGAAAAUGUUAUUGAAUACUCAAGAGAUUUCCGUUUCUACAUUACUACAAAGUUGCGUAAUCCUCACUACCUACCAGAGCUUGCCACUAAAGUGUCCUUGUUGAACUUCAUGAUUACACCAGAAGGUUUAGAGGAUCAAUUAUUGGGAAUAGUGGUAGCUAAAGAAAGACCCGAACUUGAAGAGGAAAGAAAUGCAUUAAUUGUACAGAGUGCCACCAACAAGAAACAACUGAAAGAAAUUGAAGAUAAAAUCUUGGAAACCCUCUCGUCCUCCGAGGGGAAUAUCCUAGAAGAUGAAUCUGCUAUUCAGAUCUUAGAUUCGUCUAAAGUAUUAUCUGACGAGAUAUCCAAGAAACAGAGAAUUGCAGAUGAGACUGAGAAGAAACUGGAAGAGUCUCGUGCCGGAUACCGUCCCAUUGCUAAGCAUUCCAGUGUAUUGUUCUUCUGUUUGACGGACUUGCCAAAUAUUGAUCCUAUGUACCAGUAUUCCUUGACAUGGUUUAUUAAUCUGUUUGUCAGCUCAAUCCAUGACAGCAACAAGUCCAAGAUUCUGGAAAGGCGGUUGAGAUACCUGUCAGAUCAUUUCUCGUACAACUUGUACUGUAAUGUCUGUCGAUCGUUGUUUGAGAAAGAUAAACUGCUGUUCUCUUUUCUGUUGUGUGCUAACAUUUUGAUGUUCUCUCAAGAGGCUGAUCCUCAUGCUAAGAAAGAAAUGGACCAGGUAGAGUUUAUGUUCUUUCUGACUGGUGGAGUUGGCUUAGAGAACAAGUUAGAAAACCCAGAUAGUGGAUGGGUCUCAGAUAAAAGUUGGGAUGAGAUCUGUCGUAUGACUGAUAUUAAAGCUUACAAAGGAUUCAGAGACCAUUUCCAGGACAAUUUGGAUGAGUGGCAUACCUACUUUAGCAGUACAGAGCCUCACAAAGAAAUGCUGCCUGCACCAUGGAAUGAUAAGUUGUUAGACUUUGAGAAAAUGAUUGUCUUGCGUUGUAUUAGACCAGAUAAGGUUGUCCCAGCUGUAACUGACUUUGUCAAAGAAAAGCUUGGACAGAAAUUCAUCGAGCCUCCACCGUUUGAUUUAUCACGAUGUUACUACGAUUCUAAUGCCUGUGCACCAUUGAUAUUCAUACUGUCCCCUGGUGCUGACCCCAUGGCAAGUUUGAUGAAGUUUGCCGGCGAUCAAGGAUUCAGUGGUGACAAAUUUAAUGCUAUUUCCCUAGGACAGGGACAGGGACCUAUAGCAUCCAAGAUGAUAAAUGUAGCCAGGGAAGAUGGCAGUUGGGUUGUGCUGCAGAAUUGUCACUUAGCUGUCUCCUGGAUGCCAGCCAUGGAGAAGAUCUGUGAAGACUUGUCACCUGAAAAUACAAGUGUCGAUUUUAGAUUGUGGCUAACUAGUUACCCAUCUGAUAAGUUUCCAGUGACUGUCUUACAGAAUGGUGUUAAAAUGACAAAUGAACCGCCAACAGGUCUGAGACAAAAUCUGCUACAGUCAUACUUGAAUGAUCCAAUUAGUGAUCCGGAAUUCUUUUCUGGUUGUCCGGGUAAAGAGUUGAUUUUUGAGAAGCUGCUGUUGAGUUUAUGCUUCUUCCAUGGUUUGGUACAAGAAAGAAGAAAAUUUGGACCUCUAGGUUGGAACAUUCCCUAUGGUUUUAACGAAUCUGAUUUGAGAAUCAGUGUGCGACAAUUGCAGAUAUUCAUUAAUGACUAUGACGAAGUGCCGUACGACGCCAUAUCUUACCUGACUGGCGAAUGUAAUUACGGUGGCCGUGUGACUGAUGACAGAGAUCGCCGAACAUUACUAACCAUAUUAGAUGAUUUCUACACACCAGCAGUUGUUAAUCAGCCGAAAUAUAAAUUCUCACCAAGUGGUGUUUAUUACUCACCACCCAAAGGCUCAUACGAAGACUAUGUUGAGUUUAUCAAGGCCUUACCAUUGAUGCAGAAGCCUGAAGUAUUUGGCAUGCACGACAAUGUCGAUAUCAGUCGAGAACUGCAAGAAACACGUGAAUUAUUCAAUAAUGUGCUACUAACUCAGGGAGGCCGUGGUGGGGGAGCCUCCGGUAAAACAGAUGAUACCUUAUUUGAGAUUUCACAUGAUAUUUUAUCCAAGCUACCCAAAAAUUUUGACCUGGAAGCUUCAUCUGCUAAAUACCCAGUAGAAUACUCUGAAAGUAUGAACACAGUGUUAGUACAAGAAAUGGAACGAUUUAAUAAUUUAUUAUCCACGAUUCGUACCAGUCUAGUUAAUUUACAAAAAGCUAUCAAAGGUUUGGUAGUUAUGUCGCAGGAAUUGGAGGCUGUAGCCAGCAGUCUCCUCAUAGGCAAGGUGCCUGAAUUAUGGGCUAAAAGGUCAUAUCCAAGUUUGAAACCACUAGGCAGCUACGUCAAUGAUUUCCUGCAAAGGUUGAAGUUUUUACAGACCUGGUAUGAUGAGGGCAAACCUAAUGUCUUCUGGAUAUCCGGCUUCUAUUUCACCCAAGCUUUCCUCACUGGUGGUAUGCAAAAUUUUGCCAGAAAGUAUACUAUACCUAUUGAUAAGUUGGGAUAUGAAUUUGAGGUUCUUCCACAAGAAACAAGUGACACAGCACCAGAAGAUGGUGUCUAUGUAUUUGGCAUGUUCUUAGAUGGUGCUAGAUGGGACAAAAAGAAUGGUAUACUUGCCGAAUCAUUUUCCAAAGUAUUAUUUGAUACUGUACCCAUUAUUUGGGUUAAGCCAGGUAAAAAAGCGGAUUUCGCAGUGAAAAAUGAUUACACAUGUCCACUAUACAAGACAAGUGAGCGACGUGGUACACUAUCCACUACUGGUCACUCUACUAACUUUGUUUUAUCCAUCGAGCUACCAACAGACAGGGAUACGAGACACUGGAUUAAGCGUGGUGUUGCUUUGCUUUGUCAAUUAGAUGAUUAGUAAUAUACCGUCCAUAUUCAAACAAUGUUAUCUAAAGGCUUCUUACUUAUAAAGUAUUUUGCUUUAGAUUUUUAGAUUCUAGAGUGAAUUUCCUGUAUAUUGUAUAUUAGAAAAAAUAUAGUUCAGUUUUCUCUUUAUCUUUGGAAACAGAUAUAUAUUGUAAAAUACUAUGUCUCCGAAAAGGUGAGUAUAAAAUUGCUCUCUUUCGACUUGCAGUGACUGGCAUUUGUAGUGAUUUUUGGGGAUGACAAAUGAAAGUACACAAGUUAAUAACCAGCGUAAUAACAAAUCUGUACUAUGCGUCUCAGAAACUAAUUUAUUUUAAUUGGAAUCCAAGCGAAUAAUCCUUGUUGCAAUUGAAGUACAUUGUAAAAUUAGUCAUUUGAUGAAACAUAGCGUGUCUAUAAAUGUGUGUACUUGCACCUAAUAUUGCAUCCGUCCUUCCUA